AUGAUUUUUAACUUCUUUCUCUCACUCUUUCUUUCUUUCUUUCUUUCUUUCUUUCUUUCUUCGACCUUUAUUUUUCUCUUCAACUCUCCCUUUCUCUUUUUCUCUUCUCUACCGGUUUUUUUUAACAUUUCUAUUUUACCUACUUCUCUUUCCGUACAUUUCUCUCAAUUUCUCUCUAUUGCUUCUCUUUGUUCUCUCACUCUUUCUCUACUUUCUCUCUUUCCCCCUGUUCUCUCUGCAUUUCUCUCUGCAUUUCUCUCUCUGUAUUUCUCUCUCUGUAUUCCAUCUUUUCUCUCUCUGUACUUCUUUCUAUCUCUUUUCUCUCUUAGCUAUUCAUUCCAGAACUGUCUUUAUUGCUCUAAGCCUUUCCUUCCUUCUACUUCUAUCUUUUUAUCGUUCUCCCUCCCCACUCUCUACAUAUCUAUCUCCCUAUUUCUUUAUAUUGUCACUCUCUUUCUCUUUUUUCUUCUCAUUCUAUUUCUCUCGUCACGUCCUCCCUUUCUCAUUAAAUUUCCUUUCUUUCUUUCUUUCUUUCUUUCUUUCUUUCUUUCUUUCUUUCUUUCUUUCUUUGCACUUCCUCUUCUUAGCUGUAGCACACUCUCAACCUUUCUUCUCUCCCAAUUAUUUAUUCCAGACCUGUAUCCUUAUUUCUUUUCUCCACCCCCUCCUCCUCCUCCUUCUUCUUCUUCUUCUUCUUCUUCUUCUUCUUCUUCUUCUUCUUGUUCUUCUUCUUCUUCUUCUUCUCACCAAUCACUCUUCUUGUCAUUCACUCUCUCUAUCUCACACGAUCUCUCACUGACUCACUCUCUCUCUCUAACUUUCUGCUUUUUUCUUUCUCUUUUUAUUCUUUCUACUUCUCUUCCGCCUUCCAUUUUCGAAAUACCUUCCCCUCUCGCUCCAUUUUGCACUGUGUAUCUCUCGUAUAGACCCCUUUGA